AUGCGAAGAAGAGCCGCUCCUCUCGCCCUCGGCCUCGUUCUCGUUCCCGCUCCCGCUCCCACUCCUUCGCCACUAUCGAAAUCGAGAUCGAGAUCGAAAUUGGAAUUGGAAUUGGAAUUGACACCGAAACCGAGACGCGGAUACGCUGGUAUCUCUGCCGUCGCGGCCAAGGCUGGGAUUCCUCGGAGACGAUCAUCAUCUCACGGCGGGGGUCACGGGCACGGGAGGAUGGAAAGGGCGGAGAAGAUGGAAGAAAUGGAGGAAACGGAAAACGUGGCUGGGUUGGUGGAGUCUAUGGAGACGACUGGGAAAAGGGCUGGUGUUGGUGAGCGGGGGAAUAGGGGUGACCGAGGUGGGAAGAGAGGGAGGGGAGGAGGGAGAGGAGGAGGGAGAGGAGGAGGAGGAGGAGGAGGAGGAGGAGAGAAGAACAGAGAAGUGGCCGUCUCGAAAGCGCUUUCGAAACUGCUGAGGCACGCGGCUGAAGAGGCGGGUCUGAAGCUCGACGCUGAGGGCUUCGCGAGCGUGGAGCAAGUCAUGCAAUGGCCCCGCCUGCGAUCCCUCCAGGUCACAUUCGCCGACAUCCAAGCCGUCGUCUCCGACAACGCGAAGCAGCGCUUCUCCCUGAAGUGCAGCAAGCCGUCGUCGUCGUCGUCGUCGUCGUCGUCGUCAGCCGAUCCAGCCGACUGGCUGAUCCGCGCCAACCAAGGCCACAGCAUCGCCGCCGUCGCCUCGGCCGCCCUGCUGACGCCCAUCACGCUAGCCGCGGGUAACGUGCCCGACGUCGUGGUGCACGGCACGUACUUUGCGAGCUACGCGGCCAUCGUCGCGUCCGGCGGCCUGAAGCGCAUGGGCCGGAACCACAUCCACUUCAGUACGGGCCUGCCGUCGGGGGGCGACGGUGCUGCCGGUGCCGGUGCCGCCGUGGUGAGCGGGAUGCGGAGCGAUGCAGAGCUGCUGAUCUACGUCGAUAUCAAGCGGAGCCUGCAGGACGGCGCCGUGCUGUGGUGGAUGAGCGAGAACGGGGUCGUUCUCACGGAGGGAGACGCCGAGGGCGUGCUGCGGAUGGAGUAUUGGACGAAGGUUGAGGGGAGGAAGAAGGGUGUUGGUGUGCUCUGGGAGGAGGGGAAACAGGUCGCUGAGUUACCGGAGGAGGUCAAGGCGCGGAGAGCUCCGGCAGGGAAGGGCCCGAGGGGGCGAGGGCGAGGGCGAGGUAGUGGUAAUGGAGAGAGAGGAGGUACGCUUUCCCAGAGGGGGAGCGGCCGGAGUGGAAGAGGCUCUGGUGGUGGUGGUGGUGGUGGUGAAAAAGAAACCGUUGGUGAAGAAAGGGAAGCUCCCGAGAAAAGGAGACCAGAAAGCCUACCUACCUACCUACCUACCUACCUACCCACCUACGAGCCUGCACACAAUCCCACGCCAGCUGGCUCGGGCUCACCAGAACCAGAACCAGAACCAGAACCAGAACCAGAACCAGAACCAGAACCUCGCUCAGCUCAGCUCAGCUCAGAGUUACAUCCAUCUCCGCGUGAAUAUCCAUAUUCUAUCUCUAUCUCAAAUUCAAGUCACACUACACUCACAGCACUGCUCUACACUACACUACACUACAAUAUCACAUGA